AACAUAGUAGUUACUUUAGCUGCAUCUAACCCUCUAUCUAGGCAGUACAUAAAGAGCUUCACGCUUCACUGCACUCCCUCGGCAUUGGCGGUUUAAUUAGGACUUAACCUGUAUCCCUCUGCCACAUUGAGGUGAUACACGACUUUUCUAGCCAACAGGCGUAGAGCUGUCUUUGGGUACAAUUUGCCCUUCGUCCGGUCAAACCUCUCCUUUCGACUGCGAAGCAAAUGUUUCGAACUCGUGCGGCACCUGUAAAUGGUCCUGAUCUGAAUCCAGCAAAACGCGUUGUGGAAGCUGUGUUGCGGGAGACAGAGAAGGCUUCGCGCGAGGCAGCAUCCUUGCGAUGCGUCAUCCAAGAGCAGCAGCAGGAGAUUGAGGCUCGGGACGAUAUCAUCAAAGCCGAUUCGGAACUGAUUGCGAAGCUUCGGAGCGCUGCGGAGUCACUUGAACAGCAGCUCCGCGCCCAAAACCUGCGUUUGAGUGCGAUCGCAGGCCUUCAAUCAGCUCCACAGCCGCAGCCACCAUCUUCUACUAGCACUGUAAGCAGACCGCCGUCGCGGCCCUCAACUCCUCCUCGGUCGAACAGACCACAGGCAAGUCCGCAGCAACAGGUGCCGCAGCAGCAACAGCGCCUCACACCCUUUUCAACGCAUGAAGCUGCGGUGCAAAGCGCGUCCACGAAUACGGAGAAACAGCAACUGCUCGAGGCGUCACAGAUGGAAGUUGUGCUCCUGCGCAAGCGCACGUCGGAGCUAGAGUCAGAGCGAGCCUCGCUUUUGGCCGAGCUACAGUCCUUGCGCCCGCUGGCGCAGCAGGUCUCGGAGCUAGAGCCCCUGCGUCUCAAAGUGGUUGAGCUGGAGUCUGAGCUCCAAAAUCAAGACGCGGAUUUUGAGCCGCUGCAAAAAACCCUUCAAGAGCAGCAGGAUGAGCUGAGCCGGCUGCGUAGGCAAGUGGCUGAACUCGCGCCGUUGCGCGCUCAGCUGACCGCCGCGCAGCGCGAGGCCGCAACCGCCAUCCACGAGCACCAGUCCGUGAAGGCCGACUUUCUGAUCUAUACACGCAAAUAUGAGAGCCUCAUGGCGCAGAAACUGCAGGUGGAGGAGCAGCGUGACGCGCUGUUCAACCCCUCCCUGGACAUGGCCAUCGUGCGCCAGGCCAUGCCGGCAGUAGACGCCGCCAUGUCAGACUUGGAGGCGCGGCUGCAGGCCGCUGAAGCGAUGCUGUUAAGCGACCGCGUCGAGGCGGAGUAUGCGGCGCAAGUGCACCGGGAGCAGCGCUGCAGCUGGCGGGCCAAGAUGGAUGCCCUUCAGGCGCGGCUGGCGGAGCGGGACGCCCAGCUGGCUCAUCAGGCGGAGCUGCUGGGGGAAGGAGGCCAGGCGGCCGCAGGGUGCCCAUAG